AUGCUUCUCUUGGAGUCGGCCAUUGCAGAGACGGAGAGGACUGCAGACACUAGUAAACAAGGGAGGGAAGAAAGGGAUGAAGGACAACAAAGGACCGGAGGUCUUCGAUUGGAAGAGUCGCAGAUACUGGCGAAACAGAAUUCAAGCUCCAGCGAAACUCGAACAACCUGGAACAUCUUCGACAAUUCUUGUCUCGUCCGUAUUUCCGGCAAACAAAAACAAGGUGCUACUAGUAGAAGUCUCACAACCCUAAGCUCGUGGAGUUGCGAACCUAAAGCCUCUCGGUUCGUCCGAAGGCAGUGUAAAUACUGCGACUUCUUCGCACCCAUUUGGGUCCAUUGUGAUGAACUGGAUGUUGAGCAGGC